UAUGUAGUUCGGGCUGGCCUUGAACUCACUAUAGCUCAGACUGGCCUCGAACUUGCGGAAGUCCUCCUGCCUCAUCUUCCCAAAUGCUGGGAUUACAGGCGUGCACGACCAGCGUUGAGGUUUUCUUGAAGAAUAUCUGCAGAAGGAUGUGGGAAGCAACCUGCGCAUAUCCUCCCGAUUUUCCUCCAUCCUCCCUUCAGGGUCAGAAAUCGCAUCCACUAGCUCAAGAUCCGCCUCUCUCCCAAUUCUAUCAAUCCUGCCUUGCCCUUUGCAUUCUUUUCCCCUCCCCUAAGUCUGCUUCUACCCAAUCCAGAGUCUCGACCGUGGCCCGGACUCCUGAUCAGAUCCGUUCCUCCGCUGGACCAAGCAUCUCUGCACCACCCCUUCCCACUUGCUUCACCAAUCCCUGUUACUGUCCCCGCCCCUUUUGACCCCGCCCCUCUCACGCCACCAAUCCGUGCCCUUCGUCCCACCCCCUGCCGGCAGAGUUUACCAAUCCUGCCCUUCAGAAAGCGUGGCUUGGUGUCCCGCAGCUCUAGCGGGUCGCGCUGGAGCUGGGGGUGGAGGCGGAAGUGGUGGCUCCGGGUCUGGGACUAGGAAGGAGCCGGGGCUGCAGCCCGAGUGGAGCGGCUGCCAGCCGAGGAGCAGGCGCGGCCGCGGCGCCAUAUUUCGGCCCUCUGCGGUCGCAACCGAGUCAUGGCCGAGACCUACGAUUUUCUCUUCAAAUUCCUGGUGAUUGGCAGUGCAGGAACUGGCAAAUCAUGUCUCCUUCAUCAGUUCAUUGAGAAUAAGUUCAAACAGGAUUCCAACCACACAAUUGGUGUGGAGUUUGGAUCCCGAGUGGUCAACGUGGGCGGGAAGACUGUGAAGCUGCAGAUUUGGGACACUGCUGGCCAGGAGCGGUUUCGGUCGGUGACACGGAGUUACUACCGAGGGGCAGCUGGAGCCCUGCUGGUGUACGACAUCACCAGCCGGGAGACGUACAACUCGCUGGCCGCCUGGCUGACGGACGCCCGUACGCUGGCCAGCCCCAACAUCGUGGUCAUCCUCUGUGGCAACAAGAAGGACCUGGACCCUGAACGUGAGGUCACUUUCCUGGAGGCCUCUCGCUUUGCCCAGGAGAACGAACUCAUGUUUCUAGAGACAAGUGCGCUCACAGGUGAGAAUGUGGAGGAGGCUUUCCUGAAGUGCGCUCGCACCAUCCUCAACAAGAUUGACUCAGGCGAGCUGGAUCCGGAGAGAAUGGGCUCAGGCAUUCAGUAUGGUGACGCCUCCCUCCGCCAGCUGCGGCAGCCUCGGAGUGCCCAGGCCGUGGCCCCUCAGCCCUGCGGCUGCUGAGACCUACAGAGCCAGGAAGCCUUGUUUGUUCUUCCAUGGUUCAUCGAAACACCUUUCCAGGCCUACAAGACCGUGCGGGAUUUGGUCCCCUCCCCACCUCUGUGGGGGAGUGUGUGUCGCCAAUUCUCCCCUUGGUACCUCCCGCCCAGCCCCCUCCCAGCCAUCUACAGCUCCAGGGAGGCUGUGGGGAAAAGUGGUUAGACUUUGGAUCUAUUUUGAAGCAUGAUUUCCUGAUGGAAUUUGAAGGGAGGCGGGGUCAAGGAUAAGUUCUCUGGACAGUGCUAUCUUGCCAGGCAUUUGCAUGUUCUGUGCCUGGGCCUCAGUUUCCUCAUCUGUAAAAUGGGGCCAAAAGUUGUAUAGUACCUGCCUCUUAUGGGUGUUGAGAAUGUUAAAUAAAUCAAUUCAUGUAAAGUUCUUAGAUUGGGCCCAACACUUAGUAAAGACUCAAUAAGCAGGGGUGUUUAUUAUAUUCCUUCAUAUCCAUCUUAAAGACUCUGGGCUGUGCAGACAUGGAAGAUGUGUACUCUUAGCAUAGAGUCUCAGUGGGUCAAGUGUAGUAAGACAGUGCUUUUAUGAACUGUUGACUGUACUUUUAUAUGUUGAUCUAAUACAGUCAUACUCAUGUAUAAAACUCAAACAUGUUU